ACAGAUUCGUUCACCGGCUUAUCUUCCGUGAUGUUCACUUAUCUCCUUCAUUUCAACAUAUGUAUACACACAAGCAUAUAACAUGCUCACCUGGAAUUACAUAUUCCUCUGCAAUAAAAUAUUUACAAAAAUCAUCUCUUAAAUUGAACCUGGUUUUCCAAAUUUAAAAAAAUGUGGUUUUGGGUCCAACUUAUUUGCUUGAUUGGAACCCUCCUAUUUUUCAUGAAGUGGAAAAACUAUUACAUUUAUUCUUAUCCGACCCGAAUUCCAGGUCCGAGAAGAUUUCCACUUUUCGGAAAUCUUAUCCAGCUCUGGUGGGCGCAUGGAGGCGUUCGCAAGGGUGAAUUGUUUGCAGCAUUGCAUAAAUUAGGACACAAAUUUGGAUCCGUUUUCACAAUUAAUUUAGAUUCGAAAUAUUUUGUCGUCGUAACGGAUUGGGACAAGGAGUUGGACCAGUUUACUAAUAAUCGUGACGACCAAUUAAGAAAUAUUGAUCCAAAACUUCUUCAAAAAAUACAAAAAUCUGAUCUGGAUUCCAUCCUUCGUCCCGUCUUGCGCCGACUCGUCGCCCAGUUUCGGUCCGACAUGGCGGACGGGGUCAAAUUCGUGGGUCAUAGUCACACCUUGCUCAACUCGAGCGUGAUGGCGGCUCUUUGUGGGGUCGCGGGGGUGGAAGUGGGUUCGGAAGAUGUGAACAACUUGGUCGCAAAGGCAGAUUCCGUCAUUUUGAAGUCUAAACGCCAGGAUGGAGAUGGUCCAGAAAGUGAGAGACUGGCGAAAGACGAGAUGCGCCAGCUUAUCCAGAGUUUGACACCAGAUUCAGCGUCCCCCGACCCAAGCUUGUUUUUCCUCUUGACCCAAAUUUACCACGGGGCUUGGAGCUUGCUGGCUUGGGCCGUCCUCUACAUCACGCUGCACCCGGCCAUCGGAGACCAAAUGUUCACCGAAGUACUCACCGUGACCGGAAACGAUCUGAAGGAAGUCGUCGUCUCUCUGAAGGACAGGAAAAUGUUGCCCUUCAUUGUCGCAGUAACGCUGGAAGUCCAACGACUCGCCAGUGUCCGUCCCUUGGUCACUCCACCGCUUAAAAGUCAGAAAGCUUUCACGCUAAGAGAGUACGAGAUCCCAAAGGCCACACGUCUCCUUAUCAGCCUGUACUCGCUCCACCGGAAUAAAUCGCUUUGGGCUUAUCCGGACUCCUUCGUUCCGUCCCAGCAGUUAGGGGACCAUGUUCCCAGCGAGGGAAGUGCUUUACGACCCCCACAAUUCUUCCUGCUCGGACUUCCCGACCCAAUGCAGGACAUCGUUAACGACGUCCUCUUCCUCUUCUUGGCCACAAUCGCCCGGAAUUUUAAGCUGGUCACGGUGCCAGGUCAUUUGGAUCCAGAGACUCGACCAGUCUCCUCCCCAGGACCGAUUUUAAGCCCGAAACCUUACAACUUCGUGGUUAUGAAGAGACUUUAAACUUUAGUAUUUGAGAUAUUUAAGCAAUUCAGGCAGGCCUUGGUAACAUUAUAUAAUAUGUAAAUUCUAUAAAUUUACAAACUUUUACAAAAUUUUGGAAAUAUUUCGAAUUAGCUUACGAAUUAUUGUAAAGUUGCUCCGGUGAGAGGGUGGCCGUCUCUUUAUUUUGUAAAAGUUUUAUAAAAGUAUGGUACAAAAGGCACGGAUUUUAUAAAGUUAGCUACAAUUGAGGUCUCCCAACGUGUACCCAACGUGUAGUAUGAAAUUUGUGAAGGACACGAUCUCCCAAUGGGCACUUUUGGCAGAUAUUUGUAUCCGAAUAGGGGAAAACGCGUAAAUUUAUAAAAUGUAAAAUUUUGUCGACUUUAAGGUACGCUUUCUCCUCUUCGGAUGCAAAUAUCUCGGCCAAACGUGCCCAUUAGGAGAUCGUGUCUUUCACAAAUUUCAUACUUAUUAAAUUUGUGACCGAUUGACACUAAUUUUCUCAAAAUCGGGUCACAUACGCUGGGACACCUCCAUUCUUACAAUUAAUAAGUUUGUAGCUACAACAACGCCAUGCAAUUAGAGGAAACACACGGAAUUUCUGAAAUAGAAUUAAUCCUAGUUAACAAAACUUUUCAUGAAAAUCUAUUCCCUUUUUAUUAUUUAUUAUUAUGAAUAUUUCACAAAUUGUUAUCAUGUUAAAAAACUUGCACUGUUAUUACUUUUAAUAAAACGGUUAAAAUUGUGGUAAUCUAAGUAA